AUACAUUCUAACAUCUUCUAAUAUAUCACUCAAAUCAAUUCCGCUUCCUCUUCCUUAUACAAAAAGUGAGUAGAGCAGAGCAUAAUGGCGUCCAUGUUCACCUCCAAACACGCGCUUCUGCCUCUAACUCUGUUUAUCUUAAUCAGUUCAACUAUUGCAUCGAGUAGGAUCCUCAUGGAGUCCUCAACUCAACCUAUGACUUUCCAAUACCACAACGGCCCUCUUCUAAGUGGUCGAUUUUCCAUCAACCUUAUUUGGUAUGGCAACUUCACGCCUACCCAAAGAGCUAUCAUUUCUGAUUUCGUUACCUCCCUAUCGGGUUUGCAGUCUGAGAGCCUACCAUCAGUUUCCAUGUGGUGGAGUUCCAUUGGCAAAUACUACCCCGUAGCCAAUUCCAAGAGGCCAACUUCACUGUCUCUCUCGAUGGGCAAGCAAGUCGUUAUAGACAGUUACUCCCUCGGCAAAAGCCUUACCACAAGGCAGCUUGAAGGCUUGGCCGGGAAGGGCCCACAAAUACCAAACUCCAUCAACGUAGUGUUGACUUCAUCCGAUGUGGCAGUAGAAGGUUUCUGCAUGAGCAGGUGCGGAACCCAUGGGUCUUCCUCCAAGGCCACUCAAAAGUUCACCUAUAUCUGGGUUGGUAACUCCGAGACACAGUGCCCGGGUCAAUGUGCUUGGCCAUUCCACCAACCCAUCUACGGCCCACAAAGCACACCAUUGACCGCACCCAACAAUGAUGUUGGCUUGGAUGGUAUGGUUAUCAACUUGGCAAGCCUACUGGCCGGGACUGUGACCAACCCGUACGGGAAUGGUUACUUCCAAGGCCCGAAGGACGCCCCACUUGAGGCUGCAUCAGCCUGUCCAGGAGUCUAUGGAAAGGGGGCUUACCCUGGUUAUGCCGGAAACCUCUUGGUGGAACCUACAACCGGAGCUAGCUAUAAUGCUAAUGGAAACAACAAGAGGAAAUAUCUGCUCCCUGCGUUGUAUGACCCUACGACCUCAUCCUGCUCAACUUUGGUUUAAGAAGUUUCAGAAUUCUGAAGCCACCUACAAGAUCAUGUAAAGAAUAGCAUAAAGAUGUAUACUAGGCUGAAAAGGCAAAUAGAUAUUGUAUGUUUAUCUCAAAUUCAUGUAUUCAUUGACAUGUUGCAAUAAAAAUUUACCAUUGCCUA